GAACUUCGCAUCGAAGAUUACAAUGUAAAAUUUAUUUUAUUUUAAAUUAAAAACAAUUACUGCCUUUUUUUAAUCAUAUUUUUAUUACUAUUAUUUAGAACACGCAAAUAACAAAUUAACAAAAACAAAUAAAUUAUCUAUUGUAACUACUAAAUUGUUGUGCGGGCCCACGUGGUAAAAGGAAUUAAACGUAAUAAGAAAACGAAAACACUCACUUUUAAAUAAAAAUUUAGAAUAUAUAAUUUGGUUGACACAGUUAAUAAUACAAUUGAUGUGUGUUUAUGGGGGCGCCUCACUUGCGCCUCCUCCGGCGCCUCACUUAUAAUCUCCCCGGCGCCUCACUUAUAAUCUCCUCCGGCGCCUCACUUAUCAAAAUUAUUAGCGCCCCCCUUAUCAAAAUAAAAAUUCAAUUUGAUAACAAAUAAUAGCGCCUCACAACCUCCCACUUCAAAGAUGAUUGUAUUCUUCCCCCACUCCUGUUAUUUAAUAUUGGUAUAAAACACAAUCGCUCGUGAAAAUCAAUCGUAUUGUAUCUUCGUUUUCUUACUCGUGUGUGUAAUCAGUGAAGUAUAACAGCGUGAUAUUCAAGAUGAGCAUGAUGAAAAUGACAACUGGAGGAAAAGAUAUAAGAAUGAGUAUUCGGAAUCAACCUCAACCUGAGUUUUCUAUACUAGCAACGUCGGUCUUCAAUUUGAGUUUCGUCGAGCUAAAAUUUCUACACAUCGGUUGCACGUGGAUAAACGACCGAUACUCUCCCGUAAUGAUAAUAUUAUCUCCAAGUAUGUAUUUAUGGAUGGAUGUCGAUAAAUUUAUUAAUUUUUUACAAUUAAUCGAUGAAGUUAUUUCAUUUAUGGAUGAAUCGUGUAAAUCAAAAAUUUAUUUGAAUUCCGUUUUUAACAUUGUAAAAUCGAAAUGUUUCUCGAAAAGUUAUCUAUCAAUAUUGGGUAAAGGUAGCGAAGAAGAAAAAAUGGGGCGUAUAUCAUUGACUGAAGAAAAUCUAUACGCGUUGAAAGAAAUGAAGUCAUGUCUCCUGGAAGUAACCAAAGAGAAAUAUGAAACAUGUAACUUAUUGUACAUGCAAAGUAAAGAAGUUUACGAAAAAGUAAAGGAUUUGGUUAUAAACAAGUUUUUAGUAUUACCCGAAAAUUUAAUGUAUUCCAUCGUGAAAAGUAUGGAUAUAUCGUUAUUGCCAAAGACAUCAACAGCACUGUACAAAGAAAUAGUUACCUUCGAUUAUAAAUGUAUCAUUAAACGUAUAUGGGAACAAUUCAUUGAGGAUUUCAAACAUCAAACCAAUCAGGAUGUUAAGCAGAUGACAAAUGAAAAUAUAAGUAAAAACGAUAACCAACAAGAUCAUUUGGAAAAUCACAACGAAAAUGUACAAGAUGUUAAUGUUCACCGAAUAAAUAAUGAUUUAUCUAAUCCAUUUAACGAUCAAAUUCAAAUAUGGGAAAAUUGUAACGAUUUAUUUGGUUAA